AUAAAUUUCCAGGGUUUCAUUUGACGCGCGAAGCCAGUUCUACCCCCUGUAGAAGACGAAGAUGCAAUCCAGAUUCAUAUUUCUUAGUCUGAUAUUGGCGCUGUUGCUGUCGGCGGAAACUGCACCAAGGGGAGCCAAAGCCGUCAAUUCAGCCUCGGCGUUUGUGCAGAACGCCAUCUUCUCCAAUAGGAUCGUCAUUUUCUCCAAAUCCUACUGCCCGUAUUGCAAGCGUGCCAAGCGCAUAUUCAGUGAUCUGCAUCAGCAUCCUUAUGUUGUAGAGCUUGAUCUCAGAGAUGAUGGAACUGAAAUCCAGUAUGUUCUUCUGGAUUUGGUGGGACGUCACACUGUUCCUCAAGUAUUUGUGAAUGGGAAGCAUAUUGGUGGCUCUGAUGAUCUCAAGGAUUCGGUGCAGAGUGGUGAGUUGCAGAAACUUCUUGGUAGUACUUGAUUUGAAGUGAAUUGGCAUAUGGGGAUGUGAUAGAAUGAAUUGUAGCAUGAGCCUCAGUGAAGUAAAUUUUUGGUCAGAUUAUGUUUACUGCUAUUGUAUAACAGAAAAUCAUGUUAUGUAUGACUCUGUUCGCUCAUAAUGAAAAUGAUGGGUUUAGUCUAUAAAGUUUGAUGUGUCUCUGUCUGUAUCUGUGCAAGCAAUCACUUUUUUACUUGUUUGUAUGUCAUUGAAUGUAUAUUCUGGUGGGAUUAUAUAGAUUAUUGAUUGAGGUAAAUUAUUACAUUUGAACAACCUUUAGGCAUUAUCAGGUUUUUAGUAUGCUCAUGGCCAAAUGUUAUAUGGUUAGUAGGGUAAGGCUGAUAGAAGAUUU